CGAAUAAAGGUCGAAUUUUCCCCGCGGAGAACGUCCACAAGUCACUUUUUUGUGCCGCAUUUCGGAGCUGGGAGUUGUUUGACUCUGUAGUCUGUAGUCUUACGGCGAUCGUCGCGCGAGGAGGACGCGUGUGUUGUGUGCCAACUGUGUGAUUUAUAUUCGGAUCAUGUGUUGUGGUAACUAUGACCGGUGAAACUUAACUGUAGUGUGGAGGGUGAUGCACUUGCGCGGUCUGCUACAGACAAAAGCGGCCGACAUGAGAGGACAACCGGUUUGGACGACGUCCCCACCUGGCGAGCCACUGGUCCGCGCGCCGGUGGGCAAGCCGCGAUGUCCGCCCGCCAUCUCGCGCCUCCGCGUGGAGAAGGUGGAGGGCGGGCUGGCGGUCGCCGGCGUGGUCGUCGCCGCCAACUGCCAGAUCAUCCUGCCGAUAUUCGGCUUCCUCUUCAUGCUGGUCGGAUGCGUGCUUACAGCGGCGUCGUACCGCGGCUGCGGCGAGAACGAGGAGCCCGACCACUACGCGGCGCGGAUCGCCUUCACUGGCAACUCCCGAGUCCUGGGACCCGUGUGCAUCGUCGCCGGGGCGCUCAUGACGAUAGCAGGAAUCGUUCUGUGCAUGCUGAUGCGCGCCGCACAACGCCGACAGAGAAGGUUGGCCUACCACUGUCCCAUACACGGGGACUUCUACCCCCUGAGCCCCCAGAAUACUAGAAAAUAUUCCCGUAGCCCACGAGGCCUAUGGCGCUGGCUGCGUGGAUGGCUGGGCAUGGUAGAGGAGGGUGAAGCACCCCGCUGCCCGCGCUACACCGAGCCCGCCUCGCCGGCCCGCGCGGACGCGCCCUGCCCGCCCCCAUUACCCUUCUUAGUGCCUAGCGAUUCUGUUGUAGGUAUGGCGUCGGUUUUGGGGGCGCCGUUAAGUCCUGAACAAACAUUUGGCUCGAUAAAGUCGCUCGCGAUAUCGCGAGAGGUGGCGAGUUUCCCGCUAUCUCGAUCACCAACACCUCCGCCUCUAAGCUACCCUACAUUCUCUGACGAAACAAAAAUAAUUGAGAGCAUACCGAACGCGGUGCCCAAACGGUCAGAGUUCGAGUACGGGUCGCCGUGCAACUACCGCGUGGUGGAGUGCAAGUACACCACCACGGACGAGAUCCGCCGCAGCGCGCCCACCACCGCCAGCGUCCACGUCACAGACAACAGGCAGCGCCCCGCCACGGUCUGUGUCGCCAUACCCGACGAGGGCAAAGGAUAAAAAAAAACUCCAAACGAUUGUGUUCCUCUUUAUGUUUGUCGGAUAUUGGAAUAGGUUCGAAAGUGAUAGUGUUUCGGUUCGAGUACAGACGGCCUCGUUCGCUACGGACUACGGAGUCGCCGAAGUGACCAUUCCAUCUGACCGCAGAACUUUGUGAUUUAUUAUAAUCAUAAUUUAAAAAUGUACUUUUAAAUUAUAAAUAUAAUCUGCUCAAACUAUCACAUUGGUCUUCCGAUAGAGCUCACGUGUAACAAAAUAACACCAUUGGAUACUGUUUAAAAUUAAUAUAUUAUAUGUCAUAAAAGUUUUAAUAGACGUGCAUUUAAUACUGGAAGUCAACUCAAUUCUGCAAAUAACACUAGACUCUACCAGUACGUACUUUAUUUUUAUGUCCAUCAAUGUAAUAAAAUAUAAUAGGUAAGUAGUACUCUACUUAUACAUCACUUCAAAGCAAUAAAAUGUUACCUCUGUAUAUAUUACAGCUUGUAAAAUUAAUGUUGUGCUAUUAAAUACUGCUGCUCACUUAUAUUUAAUUAAGAUGUAAUUCAUAAGUAUAGUAUGUUUGUUUAUUUUGUUUAAUAUCCUGCCAAUGUAUUGUUAUUUUGCCGAGAACCAGUACCGCGUUCCGAGUAGAACGUGUGUUUACAGUGUACCUUGCUUUAUGAAAUAUUUAUAAUAUUAUAGACCUAAAAUAAUAUGUUAAUUAAGGCAAUAAAUGUUUUUUUUUUUUCGUUAUUGUUAAUCCUAGCUAGGUCCAUUCAUUUGAUUGCGUCAAACGUUAAAAACUUACAGUUGCGCUAGUGUUGACUGUCGAUCUAGUCUUCAGCCUAAAUAUUCAAUGGUAUUUUUGUUAAAAUAUUGUUGUUUCUUUUUCGAAUGAGAUAACAUAGUAUACAUUUUUCAAUUACAACCAUACUUGAAACGUAGACAUUAAUCUGAAAUGUGAUAAUAUAUAAUAUUAUAUUGAUUUAUUAUCUCAUGCACCUGAAUCGUAGCUUGCAUUAUUACCUACUUACCUAAUUGAAUUCGUAAGUAUUGUUAAAGGUGCUCUCACACUGCCGUUAGGUAUCGUUAUGUAGUUCACUUGGAUAAAAAAAAAACUUCAGCGGGCUUGGUUUCAAUGAAACCGACUACUAUUAACAUGGGAGGCAUUGUUAUUAGAUAAUUUUACACUAUAAUAUUGUAAGCAACUAGUUAGACAAUAAUAACGUAAUUUUUUGACUACCAAAACACGUUGAUUAUCAUCUUCGUAACGGUAAAGUUAAGUGGAAUAUAAUUCGUUACUUAUAACUGCCGUGUGGAAGCACCCCAUUAUCUGGAAUAGCCAAGAUGGUUGCCAAAACACAACUCAUGACGUCCACGGAUAGGGUUAGUGUCAUCAUUUCUGUUGAAACGUGCUCAUAAGAGACAAUUCCAUAGUAGAUA